CUCACGUUAUCCCUGUCAACACAAUAUUGAUCUACACGUAAAUCAAUAUCUCAUUCUAACUCGGGGGUCCCUAUUUCAAUGUAUUUCCUUGGCAUCUCCCCGUUACUCUUCUCGAUGUUUUCCAGCGUUCGAGUCCAGAAGAGCGUCCCGGACUCUUCCCUGACACGCAAGUAUUCUGCCAUCUUGCCACGCCUCUCACGAUGCCGACCCUUGAUCUUAGCGAGUUGAACAUCGUUGUUUCCGUUCUUGGUGCAUUCAUAGUAUUAUUUGGCCUGGUUGCCGUUAAAAUAAAAGGCGUUUGGUAUCUUGGGGAAGCUUUGCCGGCAGUCUUUAUUGGCAUGAUCUUGGGUCCUAUAGCGGCCAAGUUUCUAGAUGCCAAGCGAUGGGGCUCAGCCGCUCCGGACCAACAAGAUGCCAUAACUCUUGGCGUGAUGCGGGUGAUGAUUGGUAUUCAACUGGUUAUCGCUGGAUACCAACUACCCGCUAGGUAUAUCCACUUGCGCUACAAGGAGUUAAUAGUAUGCCUCGUUCCUAUCAUGGCAUUGAUGUGGCUGGCAACGUCGGUUUGCGUGCUUGCGACAAUUCCCAAGGUCUCGUUGCUGGCAACCCUUGUCAUCGGAGCUUGCGUCACAUCUACGGAUCCGAUCCUGUCGCAGGCCGUAGCCAAGGGACCUUUCGCUGACAAGUAUGUGCCUCGACCUCUCCGAGAGAUUAUUUCCGCCGAGGCCGGCGCCAAUGAUGGCUUCGCUUCACCAUUUCUCAUGCUUGCUGUCAACCUUCUGCGCCUGACAGAGAACCGCCAACCAACUCUUGUCGAGCGUGGUAGAGGCGUUGGCGAAGAUACCAAAGAUGUUGGCGUUGCCCUAGGGAACUGGGCCAUAGAAACCCUCAUUUACAUUGUUCUUUUGGCUACUGUUUACGGCGCGGUUACCGGUUACUGCGCUAGAAUGGGGGUCAGGUUCUCGUUGUCUCGGAGAUGGAUCGAUACAGAAAGCUAUCUUCUGUUCCCGACAGCAUUAGCUCUCUUUAUUGUUGGCACUUGCGGGGCUCUCGGCACUAGCGAUCUUCUUGCUUGUUUUGUCGCGGGCUGCGCAUUGAACUGGGACGGGGAAUUCCUCGCGGAAACGGAACGCCGCCACGACGAGGUGAACUCGUGCAUCGACGUUAUGCUUAAUUUCGGCGGCUUCAUGUAUGUCGGCAUCGCCAUACCUUGGCAGGAUUUCAACCAGCCUGACACCACCGGGAUCACUUACGCUCGCCUAUUUGGUCUUGGCCUCCUUGUUCUGCUCUUUCGCCGAGUCCCUGCUUUGCUUCUCACGUACAAGAUGAUGCCAAAUGUGGUCAAGGACUGGAAGGAAGCAGUAUUCAUGGGAUAUUUCGGCCCAAUAGGUGUUGGAGCCGUAUAUUACCUCCAGCACACUAGACUCCUAUUUCCUAAAGAAGACACGGCUAGUGCGAACGAGCGUGCAUUGCUCGAUGCAAUAACCCCAGUGGUAUAUUUCCUCGUGCUAUUCUCAAUCGUGGUUCACGGGCUGUCCAUUCCUAUCUUGAGUGCAAUAUACAAGUACUGCAACGUCCGGACAAUCACAGAAGACGCCGUUGAAAUCAGACGAAGGAGCAUAUAUAUGCCCACUCCGCCGAACGCCAUGAGAGGCGACCAGGACACAUUCAUAGUGUACAAUCGGUUUUUUCGCCCACUCGUAAAUAUGGGGACACUGCCAAUUUCGCGGCCCCGCACCCGUAGCGACAACGACAGUAUCUCGACGGUAGGAGACGAAGACAAGAAACGCGUGCGGUCAGUUAGGAUAAGCCAUGUGGAAUCUAGCAGAGGAGUUUGAAUUUUGGCAGGAUUUUAUUUUUGUUUUUGUUUUUGUUUGGAAAGGGAGGCCUGCUGAAUUUUACCAUGGUCAGGAGACGCGAUUGCACUCUUGAAUGAAAUUAUGAGGCCAACCUGGACAGUUACCUACCUACCUACAUUGGCUAAUGUAGUCUGUUAAACUUUUCAUUGUGUUUUUUGGUUGACUUCUAUAAAGAACG